UGGUGACGGAUUUGACCAGCAAUUCUCUGCAACUAGGUUUUCGCGGGGCUGGCAGGCCUCGCAAUUACUCGUCAGAGGAUGUUGCGCGUGAUUAGCUGGAACAUCAAUGGGAUCCGGAGCCCCCUGCAAGGUUUGGUGAAAGAGGAUCCCAGCAGCUGUACCUCCGUAGACAUGGGGCUCAUUUUGGACAAGCUGGACGGUGACAUCGUCUGUCUUCAGGAGACCAAAGUGACCCGUGAUGUGCUGACAGAGCCUUUGGCUAUCGUGGAAGGCUAUAAUUCCUACUUCAGCUUUAGCCGCAACCGGAGUGGCUAUUCUGGUGUAGCCACCUUCUGUAAGGACAGUGCUACCCCAUUUGCUGCUGAAGAAGGCCUGAGUGGCCUACUUAGCACUCAGAAUGGUGCCAUAGGUUGCUAUGGAAACAUGGAUGAAUUCUCCCAUGAGGAACUUCGGGCUCUGGAUAGUGAGGGCCGGGCCCUCCUCACACAGCACAAAAUCCGCAUAGAGGAAGGAAAGGAGAAGACCUUGACCUUAAUCAAUGUUUACUGUCCCCACGUGGACCCUGGAAAACCUGAGCGACUGGUCUUUAAGAUGCGCUUCUAUCGCUUGCUACAGAUCCGCGCAGAAGCCCUCCUAGCAGCUGGCAGCCAUGUGAUCAUUCUGGGUGACCUGAAUACAGCCCAUCGCCCCAUUGACCAUUGGGAUGCAGUCAGCAUGGAAUGCUUUGAAGAGGACCCAGGGCGCAAGUGGAUGGAUGGCUUGCUCACUAACCUGGGGUGCCACGAUGGGUCCCACGUAGGACCCUUUAUUGAUAGCUACCGCUGCUUUCAGCCAAGGCAGGAGGGGGCCUUCACCUGCUGGUCAACAGUCACUGGUGCCCGGCAUCUUAACUAUGGCUCCCGGCUUGACUAUGUGCUGGGGGACAGAAACCUGGUCAGAGACACCUUUCAGACCUCCUUUCUGUUGCCUGAGGUGAUGGGCUCUGACCAUUGUCCUGUGGGUGCAGUCCUGAGUGUGUUCCCUGUACCUGCAAAGCAGUGCCCACCUCUGUGCACCCGCUUUCUCCCUGAGUUUGCAGGCACUCAGCUGAAGAUCCUUCGCUUCCUAGUUCGUCUGGAACAAGAUCCUGUGUACAAGCAGUCGGCGCUGCAACUCAGCAAUCAAAUACAGGUACAGAAGCGCCAGAGCAAGGCCUGUGUACGCUCAACUAGGCCUUGGCCAAGUCAGGUUCGCUUCAGCAGAGGCCAAAAAAACUUGAAGAGCUAUUUCAAACCAUCCUCUAACUGUGCUCAAUCUUCUCCUAACCUGGAGCCUCCAAACCUGGAUGGCCUUGUGACUCCAAAGACACCAGAAGAGGAAGUGAUGGCCAAAGUGGUGGUGCAGACAAAGGCAUCAGAUUCAGAAGCCAAAGCUAAAAAGGAGGUGCAGACCUCAUUCUGGAAAUCCGUGCUUGGGGGCCCUUUGCCUAUGCCCCUCUGUGAGGGACACAAGGAGCCAUGUGUGUUACGAACUGUGAAGAAGCCAGGACCCAAUCUGGGCCGCCAUUUCUACAUGUGUGCCAGGCCCCAGGGUCCUCCCACUGACCCCUCCUCCCGCUGCAACUUCUUCCUUUGGAGCAGGCCCAGCUGAACCAACCUAGGCCUAGGGAUAUCUGAUACGGUCAGUUCUUCUGUACUGCCUUCUCCUCCCUGAAGACCUCUCUCUUUCCUUUCCUUCCCUUCACUUUUUCCCUCCUCUCAGGUCUCUUCCUUGCUCUUCUUCAUGCCUGUCUCCAAAUGUCUCCUUCAUGCCUGUCUCCUAAUGUGCCUUAAAACUGACUCAGGCCCAUACCCCACUUCUGACUUUCCUGUCAGAAGUACACAGGAAGAAGUUACUCUGGAAGGUGUGAUUUUUAAACCCCUUCCUUCCUUUCUGGGAAAUGUGUUUGUGUUUAAAUAAAAUUUGUCUAUUUCUUUUA